CCACGUCAGAUAGGAAUUUGGAUGUUUGGUUCAACGUGGCCAUGGAGCAUUCUGUGACGCAGGCCCCCGAGGUCAUCCGGGCUCUUACUGUGUCCUUCGAAGAACCGCAGCAUCAGAGUGGGGGCAACGCCGCCGACCUCGCUCUCCUCGGGGAGUCCGAGCGCCUCUCGCACACGCAAGGCCCGCGAGGCCAAGCCUGGCGUCCCGGCCCCCUCGGCUCCCCGCCAUGUCGGCUCCCUCCUGCCGCCGCAAGUUCGAGAGCGGCGACCUGGUGUUCGCCAAGAUGAAGGGCUACGCUCACUGGCCGGCCCGGGUGGAGCAGAUGACCGAGCCCAACCGGUACCAGGUGUUCUUCUUCGGGACCCACGAGACGGCCUUUCUGGGCCCCAAGCACCUCUUCCCGUACGAGGAGUGCAAGGAGAAGUUCGGCAAGCCCAACAGGCGCCGGGGCUUCAGCGAGGGGCUGUGGGAGAUCGAGCACAACCCCGGGGCCCCGCUGUCGGCGGCCGCGGGCGGCGCUCACAGCCCGGAGCCCAGGGCCGCCGGCGGCGACGCGCAGCGCUCAGGCCAAGCCGACGAGGCGGAGGCCCGGGCGGAGGCCGAGCAGGGCCAGGGGCCUCUGAAGAGGGGCGCGCGGGGCCAGCGGGACGACGCCCCCAAACGGCCGCGGGAGGCCGGCCCCGAGGCCGAGGAGGAGGCCGCGGCCAGCGCCGGUGAGGAUCUGCCGCUCGUGGAGCUGGAGAACGGCGGCGGCGUGGGGCCGGGCCGCGAGGAGGAGGACGCCGCCGCAGCCCAGGAGGCCGUGGCCGGCGCGCACGGCGACGGCCUGUAGCCGCCCCGCUUCCACCAGAGCCCUGCCCUGUCCCUGCCGCGGCCCAGCUGCUCCGCAGAACCUGGACGCGGGCCCCUCCACCGCCCUUGACUCUGCCCAUCCUUGCCAGUACCCCGCCGCCUGCCCGCCCAGCUCCCUGCCUGAGAACGGGACCCCCACCUUGGAUAAUGGACUGUUGCCUCCCUCCCCUGGACAUUCUGGGCCGCUGCGGGAGAAGAGAGGAAGAGCAGGAGGCCGGAGAGGGGCAGUCUUCAAACUGGGUGAUGGGGCGAGAGUAGACAUCUUCUGAGACGCGCUGCCCCCUCUUCCUCUGUUAUCCCAGCUUCUCGGGUCUCAGAAAGGCAGGACAGCUUGUCCAGGAGGGUCUCCCUUCCGUGAAUCCUUUUUUGGCCGACCCAUGGGGUUCUGGGAACCAACACUGGGGCCUUCCAAUUUGUGAGAUCUGAAGACUUGGUGCAAGAAAUUUGUGUCCCCAUGGAGAGCUCUAGGACUGCUGAUGGGAUGCCGUGGGGAGACCUGGCUGCCCCGUUCCCUCUCCCCAAAGCCUCAAGGCCACCCUAUGAAUAAUACAUAUCCACAUCACUCAGGCAUGAAAAGAAAAGACAUGGAUUUUAGAAAGCUUUCUAAAAAGAGGGAAAAAGUUAAAAUUCAGAAAUGCUGGGUAUGCCUGCCUGUGCUCCCAGCUCUGCUAUUGCCACCUCCAGUUGAGAUGAACUGAGAUUUUUUUUGCUGGUGGUUUGGGCUUUGGUAUUCCUUGUGGUGUCAUUUACCAUCCACAUUCCCAGCUUGAUCCCUCAGUAUUUUUUACCGAUCCUGCAUAUAAUCUACUGAGAGGACAGAAGGAAGUAGGUGGCCCAUUCCAGACUCUUCCUGGGUCUCUCUUCGGCAUUUGUCAUCAAUUGUCUUUCACCCCACCCUCUCCCACCUUGGGCUCUGAUGAAAAAAUUGUUGGUGGAACCUUUGGAAGUUUGUCUCUGAACUUCAGACUGUUUCAGUUCUAAGAAAUAAAACUUGUUGAUUAAAGCAAA